GGGUGGAGUGGCGGACAGUGCGCGAUGAUCAAAUGAAUUCAAAUAAAUGAAGAAAUUGAUAAUUAAUAAGAGAAUCAGAAACACAGGAGCAGACGGAGACAACAUCAGCAGUAGUUAACGACGCGUCGUUUGCUGAAGAUUACAGUGUUUUGUGCUUGUGUGUGUUGUGCGAUCCCAGCAAAACAUUUACAUAGUUAGUGUUUAUGUCAAAAAUGCAUUUGUAAUCCAAAACAUACUCAUAACAACAAUAAGAAAUAAAUAAUCAUAUUUGCAAUAACUCGAAACACCAAAUAGGCAAGGGCAAAAGAGAGAAGUGGGAGUGCGUACAAAAAACGGUUCUUUAUCGCAAUUCCUUUUUGGCAAGUGGGUUCAUAUUCGUUCAACUCAAGAGCACCACAAGCAACAACAGUAAGGAGAGCAAGUCAUUUUUAUAACGGUGUCUACAUAGUGUGAUCUAUAAAAGAAAGAAAAAAACACCUACAAAAGAAUGUAGAUUGAAAAAGAAAAACAACUACAAAAGUGCUGUACAAAAUCCAUAGCUAAUUUUUACAGUGUGUGUUUGGCAAAUUCAACAAAAGAACACCUUACGGUCAACGGCUGUAAAUAAAUCUAACCCUAAAUAAACUUACAAAUAUACACACAUACCAUAUAUAGAGCGUGAGAGGACAAAAACAAAUUGCGCUCUAAUGCAACUAAGUCUGCACCCGACUAUGGAUUGUAGCGGCCGUUCAAAUAAUAUUGAACGUGAUUCCGAUUUGGGCGACGAUUUGUCACACGGCGAUCGUACAGAUGACGAGAUGCGUGACUGCGACUCUGUGGACGGGGAGCAUCACCAGCAUCAGUUGAGGGGCAAGGCGGCAAUAGCGGCACGUUUAAGUCACACCAUCGCGACCAACGGUGGCAGUCUCAACUUUGCUCACAGUCCCGAGCAGCAGGCAGAGUUGCCGUUAAGCCAUCAUCACCAAUUGCCACCAAAUCAUCCGUUCAACGCACUGGGCAGCUUCAUGAGCAUCGGCGGACUACACAGCAUUCCAAAUCUGCAGCACAGCGAUGUGCUGGAGAAGCUGAAGAUGCAAGUGCGUGACAUGAAAGUGGGUCUCAUGGAACAGGACUAUGCGGCAGCGGCACAUGCUGCAGCAUUUGGCGCCAACAUGUUGCCUACCACAAUCAAUUCGGCCUUUCCACUGCCACACAACUCGGUUGUCGCUGCGGCAGCUGCUUCCUUCGGUCAUGGCCAUGCGACGUCUGGACUGGGCACAACGAGCUCAACAAAUGGCAGCACGGCAGCCACAAAUGGUUACAAUGGCGGCUCCGCCGCCAGUAUAACCGCCUCUGGAGGGGGCGGCGGAGGCAACCACGGCAGCAACAACACCAACAACAACAAUAAUAGCAGCAGCAGCAAUAACAACAACACUGGCGGCAACAGCAAUGCCAAUGCCAAUGCCCAUCCCUUCUCAUUUGCAUCGCCAACAGCGCCCAGCGCCAAAGACGCUAAUUCCGCAUCAAACUCAUCGACAUCCAGUGAGGCUUCCAACUCAUCGCAACAGAAUAAUGGCUGGAGCUUUGAAGAGCAGUACAAACAAGUCAGACAGCUCUACGAAAUAAAUGAUGACCCCAAGCGUAAGGAGUUCCUGGAUGAUCUGUUUUCGUUUAUGCAAAAGCGCGGUACGCCCAUCAACCGGCUGCCGAUAAUGGCGAAGUCGGUGCUGGAUCUAUACGAGCUAUACAAUUUGGUGAUUGCUCGUGGCGGCCUCGUCGAUGUCAUCAACAAGAAGCUAUGGCAGGAGAUCAUAAAGGGACUGCAUCUGCCGUCGAGCAUCACAAGUGCAGCAUUCACGCUGCGCACACAAUACAUGAAGUAUCUCUAUCCGUACGAAUGCGAGAAGAAGAACUUAAGCACACCGGCCGAACUGCAGGCGGCGAUUGAUGGCAAUCGGCGCGAAGGACGCCGCUCCAGCUACGGCCAAUACGAGGCCAUGCACAAUCAGAUGCCACUGACUCCCAUUUCCCGCCCACCUUUGCCGGGUGGCAUGCAACAAAUGUCGCCUCUGGCGCUCGUCACACAUGCCGCAGCCGCCAAUAAUCAGCAGGCGCAGGCAGCGGCCGCCGCCGCAGCCGCCCACCGUCGCCUAAUGGGUGCCCCGGCAUUCGGACAGAUGCCCAAUCUGGUCACCCAGGAGAUCGAGAACCGCAUGAUGGAGUAUCUGCAGCUCAUUCAGGCGAAAAAGGAGCAGGGUGUGGGCGGCAACCAGGGUCCGGGUGCUCUCGCCGCCACUCCCCACCAUCAGCAGCAGCAGCAACAACAACAACAGCACCAACAGCAACGACAACGCUCCCAGAGCCCCGAGAUGAGCACUCGCGAGGCGCUCAGCGCACAGGUAGCCCUCUGGCACAUGUACCACAACAACACGAGUCCACCGAACUCGGCGCACACCUCGCCACAAUUCGGAGUCAAUGCGGAGCAGCAACGCGAAGCUUUGAACCUCUCCGACUCGCCGCCGAAUCUCACAAACAUAAAGCGUGAACGAGAGCGCGACCCCACGCCGGAGCCAAUCGAGGAAGAUGCACCGCACCAGCCGCCGCCAGCCAAGCGCGUGGGCGUGGGCAACACUUUGAUGCCGCCAGGUUUCCCAGCCAAUUUCUACUUAAAUCCACACAACAUGGCCGCAGUGGCGGCAGCAGCAGGCUUCCACCAUCAGGCCAACAGCCAUCAGCCGGAUGCGGCGUCCGAGGGCGAGCCGGAGGACGAGUACGGCAGUGGGGAGCACAACACAACGGGCAACUCGUCGUCCCUGCACGAUGACAGCGAGCCGCAGCAGCUGAAUGGUCACCACAGCAAUCACCACCACCAUCAUCAUCAUCAUCACAACAAUCAUCUGGACAAAUCAGAUGACUCGGCCAUUGAGAAUUCUCCCAGCACCUCGACGUCGGCAUCGGGCGGCAAUCGUCACAGCUCUCCGGUUUCGACCAAAAAGAAGACGGUCGGCAAGACGCAGUCCCUUUCCAAGGAUUUGCAGGCGGACAAAUGUGCAGCCAGCAAGCUCAGUCCGCUAGAGACGCUCAGCCUGCUCUCCGGCAUGCAGUUCCAAGUGGCUCGCAAUGGCACUGGCGAGAACGGCGAGCAACAGUUGAUUGUCAAUCUCGAGCUCAACGGCAUUAAGUAUUCGGGCGUCCUGGUGGCCAAUGUGGCAAGCCAUGACGACAACGAGGCAUCCACAGGGCCAGCCGACGAGGACGCCACAGCACCAGCAACUGCUGAGGAGCCCAGCCUUGACGGAGCAACAGCAACGGCGGCGACAGCCUCAGCGUUGGAGUCGACGCCAGCAUCUGGGGACGAACCAACGGGCGAGCCAAUAAAGACCGAGCAAUCGGACUCGAAUGCCAUUCUAAAUGGUGCGGCGACUGUGGGUGUGGGUGUGGGUGUGGGUCUGCCGUUGCUCAAGGAUGCUGUGGUCAGUUCGUAGAGGAGUGCGCCAAGGAGUGGAACAUACAAGUACUACGAUGUAUUGAGGAAUACCAAAGUCAUAUUUUUCAGAAAAAUACAAAAUAAACAGAACAGAGGGCAGAGACGAGGCAUAGAAAGGAAACCCACACUCACACACUCACACACACACACACAUACAAAGCACAGAUUUCAAACGGCUGCGUCCCAUGUAAAUAAAUGAAUAUACACACACACACACAUUGGCAUUGACACACACAGAGGCAUACAUACCUACAUAUGUAUGUAUGUAUGUAUAGCUACACAAACAUUCAUACGUCUAUAUAGAUAUGUAUGUGUAUAGAACUAGGGCUGUAGGGCUAAUGAGUGUUUGACAGUUAAACGACGUGCGCAUUCAAAAUGAAGAAAAGCUUGGCUGUUGGCGGUUGCUGUAAACAAUUGAACGGGCAGACACUGCCUCCCCAUUCCCAUAACCAUCCCCCCAUCCCCCCAGACACUCAUCCCCACAUCCCUGCCAGCCAUCCUCCCAGCCAUCCUCCCAGCCAUCCUCCCAGCCAUCCUCCCAGCCAUCAUAAUCCUUCAUUGUAUCUUAUUAACAUAUAUGUAUAACUACUAGAAAUACAAAUAAACGAAUCAUAUAGCACAUACUAUAUAUACAGCAGUUAUUCUACACACACACACACACACAUAUGUCUGUUUAAUUUCCACACAUCUGCAUAAAAGACAAGCUAACGAGUAUGUAUUUAAUUAUAAAUUAUAGGAGGCCUAGAAUUAAGCAAACAAUUACAUUACAUUAAAUUACAAACAUUUAAAAAGAUGGAAAAAAGAAACAACAACAACAACACAUUUCACAAAACUUACAAGUAUAACAAAUAUGUAUAAUUAGUCGAAAACCAUGCUUCAAAACUGGCAUUGCUUCUAAAUCUGCAAACAUUUACAUUUACCUUAAAGUUUAGAGUUUGUUUUAGCGUUGAAUGUUUUACAUUUUUUUUAAAUUAUUCAUUAAUUGAUUAUCUGCCGUCUGGGGGCAGGCUUCAUUUGUUGAGCUUCAAGGCUUGUGUGUACAUACUACUUAUACAAGUAUAUAAAUAAAUAUAUGCAUUAGGAUAUCUUAGUUACAAUAUCUUUAUAUAGUUGUAAGAGCAUACAGAGAAACACACACAUACACACAUACACGCAUACACGUACACAUACAUACAAGUAUGUAUCCAUUAUUAUCCGUAAAAAUAUCGAUGUAUUGUCAUAAAAUGUAUUUACGCAACGCACUUCACUCUCUGCUCUAAAGCCGAGCAGCAGCAGCAGCAGCAGCAGCAUAUAGUAGCAACAAAUACACACAUUAUUGUAAGCGUUCAAUUUAUUGAAUAAUAAAUCCAUUUAAUUUUAGUUCAAUUCAA